AUGUUGGCCAUUGUCGGAGCAUCAGGCAAACUAGGCGGGGCUACGCUGGCAGCACUGCUGUCAUACAAGCUCGCCGAGCCCUCGGAGAUUGUGGCCAUCACCUCUUCACAACCCGGAUCCGAGACCUGGAGAUCCCUCGAGUCAAAGGGCGUCACCGUCCGGCACGGAACCUUUGAAGACGGUGCCACCCUAGAGGCCGCGCUCCAGGGCUGCGACAAGUUCUUCCUGGUAUCGACGCCCCGCGUCGAGCUCGACUACAAUGACGCGCCCGAGGGCCAGGGCCGCGAGAAGCAUCACAAGGUGGCCAUUGAUGCCGCUCUGCGUGCUGGCGUGAAGCACAUUUACUACUCUUCACUAGGCUUUGGCCGUCCCAGCAAGGCAGGCGUGAUGCGCGCCCACAUUCGGACAGAGACAUACCUAGAAUCUCUCGGGGACAAGGUCACCGUCACCGUCAUGCGCGAGGGCCUCUACAACGAGAGCUGGCCGCUGUACCUCAUGGGCGUUGACCCCAAGUCCCUGACGGCGCUGGGCAUUGACCACCAGGGCGACGAGGGCGGCGACGAGGUCCGGGUCCCCGGCGACGGCAAGGUCAGCUGGACCGCCAUUGAGGACCUGGGUCUGGCCAGCUCCCUCGUGCUGGUUCCCCCGGGCGCAGAGUACGCCGGCAAGACGUUUUACCUGUCGACGCCGCCCGCUUUGGCCAAGACGCUGCAGGAGACGGCGGCGCUGGUGACGGCGGCGGGCGGCCGUGGCAAGGAUAUCCGGGUCACGAUUGUCGAUCACCAGGGGCAUGAGGACUUUUAUGUUGGAGAGAAGAAGAUGGACCGGUCAGCUGUGCAGUGGUGGGUUGGCGUCUUUGAUGCUCUCAAGGAUGGUGAGACUCUGAUUGAUGAUCCCACUCUGUCCAAACUGCUGGCGUCAAAGGGUAAGAAGCCGAUCACAAUGGAAGAGACUGUGAAGAAGAUGGUAAAGGGAUAA